AUGCGUGUCUCCUCGGCCGUGCUGGAGGUGCACGUGGGGACGAGCUCGGUCUUCUCCGUGGAGGGGCAGCAAGCGGUGCUGCCGGCCUGGUACACCAGCCGCUCCCAGAAGAAGCCCUACGUCACCUGGCUGCUGGAUAAGGAAGAUGCCGACCCCUUCCAGAUCCUGACCUACCUGGAUGGGGCGGUGAAGGUGGAGGAGACGGAGCUGAAGUCCCGCGUGGGGUUCCUGUACCCCGUCCUCACCCACAACAUCUCAGUCUUCAUCAACGCCACGCGGGAGCACGACUCGGGCCAGUACAUGUGCACCGUUAACGUGGUGGACGACGUCACCAGCAUGGGCAAGAACGUCGGCGUCAUCAACCUCACCGUCCUGGUGCUGCCGGCCACCCCCACCUGCCAGCUGCACGGCAACCCCACCGUGGGAGCCAACGUGACGUUGAGCUGCGCCUCCGAGAAGGGGAAACCCUCGCCCAUCUACCAGUGGGAGCGGGCGGCCCCCAGCCUGCAGGUCUUCUUCCCCCCCGCCCAGGACCAGGACAGGGGCACCCUCAAGCUGACCAACCUCUCCCUGGCCAUGUCGGGUCUCUACGUCUGCGUGGCCAGAAACCGAGUGGGUUCGGCCGAGUGCAGCAUCGUCCUGGAGGUGCACUCAACUAGCAGCACGGCCGUCAUCGCCGGCGCCGUGCUGGGCUCCCUGGGUGCCCUCGCCACCAUCGUCGUCUUCGCCCGGCGGGUCGUCGGCUACCGGAGGAAGAAACGUGACGGCCAGGAGGAGGCAGCCAAUGAGAUCAAGGAAGACGCCGUGGCCCCCAAACCCCCUUCGUGGGCGAGGAGCCCCGCUUCGGACACCAUCUCCAAAACCAGCACCUUAUCCUCCAUCGCCGGCGCCCGGGAGAAAUCCUACGGGACCAGACCCCCCUCCGACACCGCCUCCAUCCUCACCGGCAGCUCCCCGGAGACUGUGACACAGGCUUUUAAAAAUAGCAUGUGCUGA